CACAGGCACGAGGAUAGAAAAUACAAAGAGACUCUGCUGUCUCAACCUCCACACAGAGACUAGACAGAAGCAACGUGAAGUGAAGUGUUUGCUCAGAUACAGAAAAGCGGAGAAGUUAAUCAUGCUGAGACCCAAAGAUCUCGGUCAAGAUUCCGGGACCAAGACUUUCCUUGAUGCCAUGAACAGCGGCAAGGUCCACUUGGCACGCUUUGUCCUUGAUGCUCUGGAUGGAAGGAUUAUCAACUCCAAGACAGAGAACGGCAAAACCCCACUAAUGUUUGCCAUUUCUCUGCCAGAUCCAGGGUUGAGAAUGAAAUUCACAAGGCUGCUUCUGGAGAAGGGGGCUGAUGUGAACUGCCAGGAGGGCCAGGGAAGGACAGCACUAAGCUUGGCUUGUGAACUGGGGCACCUUGAUGUGGUGAAGCUGUUGGUGCAGUUUAAUGCCGACCCUGAGAUCCAAGACGCCUGGGGAAACAGCGCCCUGAUGUAUGCAGCCUGCUCCGGACACAGCCAAGUUCUGGAAUUUCUCAUCAGAGCUUUCAAGAGGCUUGGACUAAAGCUGGACAGGACCAACCAUGCUGGUCACUCGGCUAUCCAAAUGGCCAAUCUUUUUGGCCACAGCCAGUGUGUACAUGCAUUGAACAUCCCAGGAAACAAGUGCCCAGGGUCAGAAGACCAGCUGUUGGACAUGAAAAGUAAAGAGCUGGGAGAACCACGGAACCCAACCCGGCCGCCGAAGCAAGUGCUUGAAAGGUUCACAAAACAGUUUCAGGAUAAAUGCGAAGACCACCUCCCGACUCUUUUUCAAAAGCAACUGAGAGUGGGAGAUAGCAUCGGACUGAGGAAACGAGUUAAAGCUCAAAACCAGUCCCCAGAUAGAAAAUGUCAGCAUCAACCUUUUAUAAGUCAUCUGAAACAUGUGCUGCACCACAAGGACGGCCAAGACACAAAAUCUGGAAUCUUGUUCACAGCAAAACAGAUGCAGAACUGUAGAUUAAAGAACACAAGAGCAAAUAAAACACUGGAAAGCACCACAGAUAGCCCAAAUGAAGAAGAGCACAAAGAGAGUACUGAUCAGCAAGGUGCUCUUGAGACUUUCAGUUUUAGGGUUAAGUCAACCUCGUUUACCAACGAGAAAGUUGGCUCAUUUGUAAGUGAUGCCCAUCACAGAGUUAAGCGAGGGUCACAACAGCUCGAACAAGCAGUAUUCUCAAACAGGCAGGACCAAGGAAUUACAUGCCCUUUGAUUAAGGACACAGACAAACGUGUUACUAUUAAUAGCACACCCCUAAAUCGUACAGUUUCUGAACAGUCGUUUGAAUACCAAAAUGACAGCCAAAGGGCAGUAGUCGAUAGUCUAAACUCGGAUGACAGUGAAGCCAGUGAUAUUAAUGAAAGGUUAGCGCGCUCCGGUCAGUAUCAAAAGAGGUUCAGUCUCCCCUACUACGGGCGCCCUGAUAAGCUUAUUGCGCAGAGAGAGGAGCUCUCGCAAGAGAAUAUCCUACCUCGCCCUGCGGGGAUUUCUACGUUGGGGACCCGGUUACUUCGGAGGUUAACCGCCCCUGAGUUUCUGAGACUGGUAAAAGAGUUUCCGUCUGACUCUGAGUCCGGGAGAGGGAAGAUGUCUAGAUCGGAGACCUAUCCACUUUCCAAAACGCACCAGAAAGUCAACAAUCAGGCCAGCAUUGACAGCAUCAGCGGGGUUAAAUGUGAGUUUGAAAACAACGGAGCCAACGUGGUCUAUUAUGUAUAAUAAUAUAACUAAUGUUAUACACAACAGGAUAUGUUGAAAAUUAAUUUUACUGUAGCAAAAAGCCUUGAAGAAAGGCGGGGAUGCCUUUUUGUAACUUGGAUAUUGUAUGUGGGAUACUCGAAUGUAGAUGGGAACUGUAAUAUUCCGGUAUCCAGGUAUCCAUAGUACAAACUGAGAUGUAGCUACUAAAAUCAGAGAAUGAAGCUUUUUGAAAUAUAAAUAUACACUACGCUGUAUUUUAAACAUAUUUGUACAAAUACAUUUUGCAAUAGCAUUUUUGGGUUAUGCAAAUAGGUUAUGUGAAUCGUCUACAAAUAAUAUUCAUGCUAAAAAGACUUUUAAUUGUAAAAAGUCAGCCGACCUGUGUUUAAAAUUAGGUCCAUUCUAAAAAUGUUACUUCACAACAAAGCUGUCACAGCCAAUGCCACUCUCCACUUCUGUAAUAUGACGUAUACUUUUCAAAUUGAUACAGUGUGUAUCAAACACGUUUGUCUUACUUUGGUAAAUGAAAUGCUCUUGUACAGUCAUUUGUGUUUUGAUAAUAAAGGGUAACCUUUUAAGUUCUGUUUAGCCUUUAGACUUACAAGCACACCAACUGUACAGCAAGAACAUUGUUUUCUGUUGUCAAUGUCCUGUAUCUUUAAAAUAAAAUGAUAAUAAUAAAAAAAAAUAAAAGAA